AUGUUCAAUAAAGCGGCUACCGGCAUCGCCGCAGGUCUGCUUCUCAACUCAUUCCUCCGAGUCAACAUAGUGACACGACAGGUCGCAGGGCUUCACCUAUAUCUCGGCAAUCAACUUGCCAUCGUCAGCAUUCGUAGCAACGCGCUCAGUUAUCAACAAAAAAGACAGAUCGCCAAAGAAUUCAACCAUUCAACGACAGCAUUCCUCCAUGAUAGCCCUCACCCAUAUCAACCGCGCAAACUCGAACUGUUCAGCUCCAAAGGUGAACGGCAUUUCGCCGCUGAUGCCGUCCUAGGAACGGCUCAGUAUAUUUUCCAAUGCCUAGCGACAAACGAAGAUGCCACCGCUCUUCCCAGUCCUAACAUCGCCUCUGGGAGUAAACCCGGAGCGAAACUAUCCAAAUGUGCUUUGCAGACAAAAUCAGGCGUGAUUCAUGCAUUCUUCGACCCGGCAAGACAAGUCACUGCCAUCGAAGUCCCCUUCGACAUCCACGUCCAUGCCAAAGAGACGUCGAAAGACGAAAUUCUCGCCGUGCAGCGCAAACUCGGCACAAGUCCGCAGAUAGAUAAAAUGAAAGCAUCAUACUCGGUCGUAUCUAUUUACGAAGGUGUAACAUUCACCCUGGUCGACUUCACCAAUUGCCCCACCCUGAUUAGCCUCCUCCAGCCAAGCGAAGCCCCGGAGCCGAACCUCGACGCUGGAUGGAGAGCAGCACCAGUGGGAGAUGAUGGCGGCGGUGAUUCUCCAUCGCCAUCUUCUUUCUACGGCGCGGUAUAUUUUAUCCAACUCCAAACCGAUUUCACCGAAGAACCGUACAUUACCAGGUUAGAAGCCCGUGUCAUCGCUGACGGGGUGGAAGAAGCGGCCAGUGCAAGCGGAUGCUGUGCGCUGGCGGCACAUCUAGCAAUGCAGAAGGGUGGGAAGAAUUCGAGACAUGCGUAUGCCAUUGAGCAAGGAAUCGAAAUGGGGCGGAAGAGCCAACUUUGCAUUGAAGUGAGAUUGAACGAGCAAGGUUCGGGGGUGUCGAGGAUUACACUUUCGGGGAGGGCGACAAUGGUGAUGGAGGGGAAGCUAUUGUAA